GGCGGCGGGAGCGACGGCUGCAGCUGGCAGGUGGGGCGCGGGUCGGAGCGAGCUGACCGAGCACUCGGCGGGCUAGGCGGGACUGCGUCCCGUGGCGGCGGGCGCGGGAACCUGCGCUGACUAGGUCCGGGGAAGUUUCCUGACUUUCUGAGAAGCCCUGGUUUCCCCAAAGAAGCGAUUUCUGAUAGAAAUCUGAAGGUCAUCUCCGAGAAAAAAGAGAUCUACUAUAGUCAAUGAAUUAAAGACAAGAAGGUUUCCAAUCAGGAGUAAAAUUAGCAUGUUAUCCAGUCACCAUUUGGCUCAUGACUCAAUGUCACUAUAAAAAUCAUUUUAGCAACAUCAUAGUCCCAACUUCUAGAAUCCAUCGAUGUGGAACACUUCAGUUUGUUUAACGUAGGAGACGAAUAACCUCUUCUCACAAUUGUCCACAUUGUCUUUCAUUCAAUUGAAAUGAAAGCUAUAUAUGAAGAUUUUAAAAUCCCUGCUAUGUGGAUAUUUGGUAGCAAUGACUGAUGUGGAAACUACAUAUGCAGAUUUUAUUGCCUCAGGAAGAACAGGUAGAAGAAAUGCAAUACAUGAUAUCCUGGUUUCCUCUGCAAGUGGCAACAGCAAUGAAUUAGCCUUGAAAUUAGCAGGUCUUGAUAUCAACAAGACAGAAGGUGAAGAAGAUGCACAACGAAGUUCUACAGAACAAAGUGGGGAAGCCCAGGGAGAAGCAGCAAAAUCUGAAAGCUAACACGCCACUUUGACCCUCGACCACACCUGACAAUGUCUCAAAUCUCCAGGAGUGUCUGGAAUGCAUUUGUUUCCAUGAGUGAAAAGAGGAAAAAGAAAAUGGCUGUGCUGCAUUGCAGGAACCUGCUCAUUAUCGUGUUAAAAAUGAGGGCAGAGGCUGUGGCUGCAGGCAGACUUUUCCCUACCUCUGUCAUUAGCAAUGGUUGAAAUCAUGUGGCUUGUGUUUGGGCGUCAUUUUUGUAUGGAUCCUUUCACUUGAUCAUAUGACGAAAUGCUUAUAGAGAGUAGCACCGACCUAGAUGAUGAUUCUUCCUGUAGCAUCUGGCCCCUCACAAUGUCAGAGGAUUUAAUUGUGUCUAAUUGCGAAGGGUUGAUUGAACCCCAGAGUUUAAAUAUCUCUGGCUCAAGUGUUCACCCAGUAAAAGAAAGAUCCAGAAAGCACUGUUUUUAGCAUUAUGUAUUUGUGUGUUACUGCUGUGUUAUUUACACUGUUUUGUAUUGUACAAUAUAGAUGCUCAGCACUGCCCCCUUCUCUGAUUGCUUAUGAAAAACAAAAUGAUGUGCAUUACUGUGAAUUUUUAUACCACUCAUUUUUAAAAGGGCUGUCUUUUUAUUUUAGUUUUCCAUACUGUGAUGGUGUACACAGGAUAGAACACCCUUUUUUAAAACACAGUCUUUCCCCUUGCUUAUUGUAUGUUGAUGAGUUGAUUAAGUCUAACAGAUUCAUCAAGACUCCAUUGCUUUAUUAUACAGACAUUUGAAAAUAUCCAUUAAUGUGAAUAUCACCUGAAUUCAGUCUGUUUGGUGUCUGCACAGACUGGUAUUCAAUCUAUCAAGUUUGUUUUAUUCUCAAGUGGAGAACUUCUCCCACCUAAUAUAUAUAUAUAUACACACACACACACACACACACAUAUAUAUUUUAAUUUAUGAGAAUUUUGGACAAUUGGAAAGGUAGAAAAGAAAAGCCAAGGUCAUAUUAAGGACUGGAAAUAAUUUGUUCUAUGGAAUCAAAUUUCUCACAAUGCUGUAUGAUACUGUUUAAAUUUGGAGGACAACUUACCUUCACUAAGCUGAAUAAGGUGGAGAAAGUAAUCUCCUUGCAAUCAUGUGGACACCAAUCACAAAAGUAAAGCCCUGGUGUUGUGUUUUCAUGUCUUUUUUCAGCCCUCUCAGAUCCAAAUGUUAUUAUGCACUUUUUAAUGUUUGUAAACUUUUACUAAUAACUAGUGUGAAUUGCAUUCUGAUACAAUAAUGAUUAGCAUUAGAAGCUAACAAAAUUCUCAUUAAUACUGUGUUUGAUGGCCUCUGCUGUGUUUUAACAUCGUGCUUCUUAUAUGGAAAGUUUUUGUGAGCUGUGUAAUCCCUCUGGUCAGUAUUAUGAAAUCAUUUGUCAGUGGUAAUAAAUAAGGAACCAGUAAUAUGCCAGUGGUUCAUGAAUUACUGGACAAAUAGCAGACAAUGGGAGUCCCUUUACAAUAACAAGCCCACUUAGCUGUCCUUGAGGGCUUAGAUACCAUUCCACGUGAAGUAGUUAGAGCAGCAUUUCAAUAGGUAAUUUGUGUGGUUGUGCCAGAAACUCAGCCCUCCUAUGUAAUUACAUACAGGAUAAAAGGUAAGUCUGCUCACUUCUCCUUCUACAGAACAUUUCAAAUGGAAUAAGGGCAUGGGUUGCAUUUAGUACUCAAUCAGAUAUUACUAGAAAAAAAGUUAAUAAUGUGAGCCUUUCCGAGAGCAGAAAGAGGAAAGAUUAAAUUUUAGAAUGCUGCCUUCUGUCUAAUCCAUCAAGGGCCAAAACACCCAGUAAAAUUCAAACACAUCACCUAUUAAUAGACUCACAAGUGAGAAAAGAGGUUCCUAGGGUUACUUUAGGCGAUCCCUGGUAAACUGUUUAAACCAUCGAACCUCUACAGUCAGUUUUCAGUAUCUUCAUUUAAUAUUUUAAUAGGUUUCUUGUGAAUUUAAACUUCUCUUCUUUCUUAAGGGUGUGAAAUUCUAAACUGAUUUCAUGUGAUUUUGAAAAGUUUAGAACCAGUGCUGAGUGUAUGUGGAGAGUUUAUAUUCCUAUGUGAUAUACUAUUAUUAAUGCAUGUGGUGCCAUGCUUGUCUUUAAAUAUAUAAAUAGUGCUAAAUUGCAAAGUCA